ACUCGGCUCUCCCCCAAACAGCCUUAACGAGAACAGUGUGUCUGGAAAAGGCCCAGUCAGUCUUUCUGGGACAGAGUAAACGCAGGAGAAGGAGGAGGAGGAGGGGACAACAGAAGUUUCUUCCCCCCACACCAAUCCAACUGUUCUUCAUCGUGCAGUCUGUAACAACAGACAUCCAGAGGAGGAAACAGCAGACGCUUUCUCCUCCAUGUUAGAUCAUCUUCAGUCAGCAUGUUUUAGAACAUCAGCACAUGAAAGUAUUCAGUCACAGGAUGGACCACUCAGAUCUCCAAUGCCUCAUUGGCCUGUCUGUCAUUCUGCUGAGCAGGCGCCCCACUUAUGCCACCCCAGACAUUUUUAAUGACUCCUUGGAGGGCAGUGGGCAGUGGGACUUUACCCCAACACCUGGCAUUUCCUCCUUCCUUAAUGAAUCAGUGAAGUUCACCUCCAUAGAUGGAGAAAAACGUAGCAAAUCAUUCUUGGAUCAGCUGGUGGACUUCUUACAAGAGAACCACCUUCCCAUAAUCGUCAUUACUACAUUACUUCUACUCAUCAUCACCAUCCUCGGCUUGGCUGCCAUCCUGAGUCGCCGACAUAAAGUCAGCACCUACUAUCCUUGCGCUUUCCCUUCCAAGAUGUACGUGGAUGAUCGAGACAAGACUGGAGGAGUGCGCUUCUUCAGCGAAGUCUUGGAGAAAGCCAACACCAGCUCCAGUGAGGAGCCGGUGAAUUCUGCCAGGCGGCUCCAAGAGGACAUCAUGCUGGCUACCAAGAACCUACGAACUCCAAUCAAGAUGCCAUUGAAGGAGAAAAAUAAAACAGUGGAAGACCAAAAACAUGCGGAAGAUGAGGAAUGUGUUCAGUGCGACAAGAGUCAAGAGGAGAGCUGUGGCUCGCUAGAGGACAAGACCACAAAUCAGUCUGCUGUUGAGGAUACUGUGGAAAAGAGUGCCCCCAGCAGGUCCCAGGAUACAGUCCCUGCUUGUGACAUGGAAAAUACUGACCCCUCAGACUCUGGGCCCCCUGAAGAGAGCAAACAUUCAUCUGGGUCAGAGAAUUUGGAGAUCCAAGAGGACACGAACAAACAGGAUGUUGCUACUUCAGGCUCAACAUUUAUCAGUGAAGAGAAAACAGCAUUUUAGUGUGGACAUUUUUAAAGCCUUAAAGGAAACACUUAGAUGUAAAUACAGACCAAAGUGUGUUUCUUGGACACAUUGUAAAACUUAAAAAUGUAGUAUGAAGUUUCAGUGAGAUCAUCAGUUUUUUCAAGGAAAAUAUACAGAUUUAAUAUUGUUUGUGACUGUUUAUUUCAAUGUACCACAUAUAAAUGUAAUAAUCUGUUUUAAUUUUUUUUUUUACUCAAGUGUAAAUGGUAUGAACGGAUGCCUGUUAGGCAAGACAUAAAAACUGCAUUUUAAAUGUU